AUCUGUGCGAGUCUUUUUUGGCCCAAAAAUAAAAUUCCCAAAUUGCUCACCGAAGUCUCGAAAACCCCAAUAAGCAAAUCCCGAACAAUCCACCGACCACAGCGUCUUCCGCCGCCGUCGAGCACCGUCCGAUAGCGAAAUUGUGAGUUUAGGGUAAUUGAGGUAGUAGUGACUAGUGAGCAAGUAUGACGACUGCAGCUCGACCAACGUGGGCUCCUGCUAAAGGUGGAAACGAGCAAGGCGGUACUCGGAUUUUUGGCCCUUCACAAAAGUACUCAUCGAGGGAUCUCGCUGCACAUACGACUUUAAAGUCCAGGAGAGAAGGGCAGGACACGCAAGAUGAAUUGCAGAAGAGGAACCUCCGUGAGGAGCUGGAUGAGCGUGAGCGAAGGCAUUUCUCAUCAAAGGACAAGUCUUAUGAUGACAGAGAUAGACGGAAGGGAAGCCAUCUUCUGUUGGAAGGGACGAAGAGGGACAUUGAAGAUCGCAUCAUACCACGUAGUGUAGAUGCUGAUGACUCUGAUGUGGAAGCCAAAAGUUAUGAUGAGAGCGACGAUGAUGAUGAUGAUGAUGAGGAUGAGGACGACACAGAAGCUCUGAUGGCUGAGCUUGAACAGAUAAGGAAGGAAAGAGCAGAGGAGAAGCUACGAAAGGAACGACAAGAACGGGAGGAAGAGCUUAAAGUCAAGGAAGCUGAGCUUCUAAGAGGAAAUCCACUGCUUAAUAACCCAACAUCUUUUAAUGUGAAAAGAAGAUGGGAUGAUGAUGUGGUAUUCAAAAACCAGGCUCGCGGUGAAACCAAGACUCCGAAACGUUUCAUCAAUGACACCAUCAGGAAUGACUUCCAUAGGAAGUUCCUGCAGAAAUACAUGAAGUAGAUGAAGAGAAGUGAAAUGGUUCUUAUUUCUUAACUGUUCUAUGUACCAAAAUUAGAAAUUGACCAUAUACUGGACCUGAGUUUUGGUUGUGCUGAGAACAAAUCAGUUUGCCAAAGUUUAAGUGUUAAAUGCUAUUCCUUGUAUAAGUUUGCAAACAUUGUCCUUUUAUUUUAGUAAUUGAUGAUAAGAUUGGGGUGCCAUCUACUCCCUUUUAUUAACAUCUAUGAAAAAGAAAUAAAAAAAUAGAAAAUAACUCACUUGAAAUAUGAUUCUUU